UUGAGGGCAAGAUACAUGUAACUGCGACUAACACUUAACUGAAGAUCAAAAUUAGACUGAACAACCCCCCAACCACAGCGGUGAUUGGGGACCAAAUUUUUUCAUUCUCUGUACAAGAGCAGAACGAGAAAGAUGUGUGCAGAUCAGGGCAAAAUGUGAUGAUUGCUGUAUCAACAGUUAUCCCAGGGCUGUAUAGCAUUACGGCCCUACUUCUAUGGCCUGACUGGAAAAAGGCCCUUGUUACUUGCUCGGUGUUAUUCGCCACGGUUGGCGCUACUCUGACAGGGAUAGGAGUAACUGACUUCAGUACCUGUAUUGAUUUGAUGACGGCUAGGAUAAUGGGAGUCGUAUACAUUGGAGUGGCCAUUAUUCUAGCUGCAAUAACGAGCUGGCCUUGCGCACAGGUGCCGGAGGUGUGAGUGACAUAGGCUUGGCACUCUAAAUCUACUGUCAUGCAUACUGCCUAGAAUCUAG